AUGAUUUUCUAUUUUCAGUCAUAUGAUCAGCCACAAAAACUACGUAAGUGUCUUUUCCAACAAAAGACAAAAAAUGGACAAAGUAGUCUUAAUAUACAUCAGCAGAUGGUGGAACCGGCUCCAUUUGAUAUAUAUCUGUGCGAUAAUUGCGAUGCGGAGUUAUAUUCUAAAGAAGCAAUAUUGGAACAUGAGAAAGCAUGCAUUGUUGAAGAUGAUGAUGUUAUUUUGUGCAACACUCCAGAAAUGUGUGAUGAUCAACGAUCGGAAAAAAAUAAUAUGGAAGAUAAUGAACAACGCAUAGGGUUUAUGUUAAAUUUUAAUUUACAAUAUAAGUACAAUAAAAUAAAUAAUAGAUGUUACGAUAGUACAUGCAAUACCGUAUCAUCCGAAAUUCUAAAAAAGGAAAGUCAAUUUAUGAUAAUUGAUAAAAAGAAACGGAUAUCUAGAAGGAAUCGCGCAGUACAUUCAGUGUCACGUUGUCCAACAAUUCCUUUAUCUUCUCCUGCAGGCCAGCUUUUAUUAAGAACUACUAAAACUAUUAUUAGUCCUGAGUAUCUGAUAGAACGUCUGGACCGCAUUGAAAGAUUUUGUCAUGCUCCUCUAUCGAUAACAUCACGAACAAAGUUUUUGGAAAAGAAAAAUGUUACAUUUAGUACUCACUGCACUUUUAAAAGACCACAGGAAUAUAGCACUCAUUUAUAUAUUUUCCCUCGUCGGCAGUUUUCUCAGAAAAGAAGAAUGGAGAAUAUUUUGCUUAUAAAUUCUACACUGUUAAGGCGAUGUCGUCCAAUAUCAGUAAGAUUAAAGAAAAUUUCUGAUAUCAACAAUAAGCAAUGUGCAUCAUCUAGUAAUAAAUUAAACAUAAAACUUACUCGCGACAAUUCCCGCAGUUCUAACUGGAAAAUAUCCUCAUGUCCAUCAACAGAAAUAAUAGUAGAUACAAUUGAUUUAUGUACCUCUGAUGAAGAAGACAAUCAAAUUAACGCUUGUGCUACAAAUCAUUCGUUUAUUGCUAAGAGUAGUGUCGAAUCAGACAUAAACCCAAACAACAACAUUAAAUCUUGUAUAAAUCCAUUAUCAAUACAUACAUCAAUAACCCAAAUAAGAAAGCAACUAAAUUUAUCAAUGGAAUCUCCUUUAUUAACCAGUAACUUAAAUAGUUCACAUAACGGUAUUGCAAAUUACAACAGUACCUCGUGUUUAUUGCAAAUUGUUCCCAGCAAUGAAAAUAAAACAAAAGGGUUGGUAAGAAACAAUAACAGUAUUAAGUCUGUUGCCAGCAAUGAAGAUAUUGGGGUACACUUAAAAAAAUCAUUUCUACCGUCUUUAUAUAUACUAUCCAAUUGUUCCACAACAUCACCUCUAACAUUAAACCAAAAUUUAAACACAAACAUCGAUGGAAAUAUUGAAUCAAAUAGAUAUAAAUCUAUAACAAAUAGAACAACUGAUGCUGAUACGGAAAAUUGGAUAUUAUCUCAACAUAAUGUAAAUAAAGUUCCAAAUAUUGAAGAAAACUCGGUAGGAAAAACUGAUCUUACAACUUCCAAUACACUUACGGAAAAAGAACAUGGAAAUGGGACAUUACCAUUGCUGUUACACAAAAAUCAUAUAGUAUCAAUAGAUUUAACAUCUUGAAUUAAUAAAACAAAUGUUUCUUAUUCUCAUCAUA